AACGCGCAGGCGUAAAAAGUUAGUGUUUCUAUCUGCACCAGAAAGGGAAGGGGGAUUUAAAACCAGGCUGACAAAAAUGAGAAGGGUUGGAAAUUCUCCAUAUCCACAAUCAAUUGUUUUAUCUAAGUUAGUUAGCUAUAUGUUUACAAUAUUUACCUGGUCGCUACUGCAUAAAAUUCUGCUUACUAAUUUUAGCUAGCAAGAAAGUUGCUUAAUUGUUGGCUACAAAGAAAGCGAACUUGUCUAAAUUUGUAUUUAUAGAGGGAUAUCUAGCGUUAAACUAUAAUGCAAUCAUUGAUUGUUGACAUUAUAUUUAUCCAAUUUAGCUGGCUAGACAUUCUGCACGUGACUACUGAGUUUGGAACGUUGGAUCACAUCAAACAAUAAUAAAACGGAGAUAGCUAGCGUACUAUCUAGCUUGUUAGCACGCUAGCUUGCUUCCGCGCUUGCUAGCUAGUUCUUCUACCAGCGUGCACAUUACCUCCGUUACUUUGUGGAUUCCUCUGUCAAGAUAAUUAACUUGACCUCGUUCCUUUUGUACAGUGGAUCUGUAUAUAUAUUUGUUUUGGAACCAACUAGCAGUUGGCUAAUGAUGGGGCCCCGACAUAGUUAGCCAUCUGAUACAAAUCAUGGGAGGAUGUGUUGGGAGAGAACGCGAGGACACACAGGGCCACGGUUCAUCCAGGAGCGGUGGAAGGACACACCGAAAACGUGGAGGUCGCAAUGAGCCCCUCAAGAAGGACAAGCCCAAGUGGAAGAGUGACUACCCCAUGACGGAGGGCCAGCUCCGCAGUAAGAGGGAUGAAUUCUGGGACACGGCCCCAGCUUUCGAGGGACGCAAGGAGAUAUGGGACGCCCUGAAGGCGGCCACUGUGGCCCUGGAGUGCAACGACCACGAGCUGGCCCAGGCCAUAGUGGAUGGAGCCAACAUCACACUGCCUCACGGGUCCCUGACAGAGUGUUAUGACGAGCUAGGUAGCUGCUACCAGCUGCCCGUCUACUGCCUGGCCCCUCCGGUCAACCUGAUCUCGGAGCGCAGCGACGAGGACCCCAGUGACAACCCCGAGCCCACCGCUGCCCCCAAGAAGGAGUUCCAGCUCAAGGUGCGCCUUUCCACGGGCAAGGACCUGCGCCUUAGCGCUAGCAUGGCCGACCCCAUCGGGCAGCUGAAGAAGCAGCUGCAGGCCCAGGAGGACAUCGACACAGCCCACCAGCGCUGGUUCUUCUCGGGCAAGCUGCUCACGGACAAGACCCGCCUGCAGGACACCAAGAUCCAGAAGGACUUUGUCAUCCAGGUCAUCGUCAAUCCGCAAGCCCCCAUUAACUAGGUCCCAGAUGAGAGUAGGAGUGAAGAGGAGGGGUGAUGGAGAGACCGGACUGGAAUAGAGGAACCCUGGAUAAUGGCUUUACCGCUGCUCUUUAAAACGGGGAGGUGAUUUGGGGAAUUAUAAGAGAUGAAUAACAGAAGGGAGAUACUCCAAAGUGCUGCUUUUCAAUGUCUACCAUUAAAGAGUGUGAUUAUAUUUUUGAGUGCGUGACUUCACUGUGGGAGGGUUGGUUGGUCGAUUUGAUUGAUCUAGCCAGACCAGACCACUCACUCUGAGAAGGGUGUUCUGUGUCACUCACCACACUAACUCUGGAGUCACACAGUCCACUGAGACCUCUACCCUCCUCCCCCUGCAAAAAUGACCCGACCCAAAUCACAGCAGAAUUGCCCCACACUGCAGGUGUGAACUGCAUGGCAUGUGCAAGGGGUCUGCGCCUGCACUAAUGGUAACUAAGUGCCAAUAUAAAUCACAGAGUAAUUUGGAUCGGUUGUAAAGCACAUCGUCCCCGUCAUAGAUUCCUACCAUGAUCCUCCCUCAAGUGAAAUACAAACUAUUUUUCUCAUUCUUAUUCUUUUAAUAAGCUUUUUUUGCACACUUGAUUAUACUUGCGUAGUAGUUUGUGUGCCUUCAAGGAAGAAAGCGAAACAAAAUCCCAGGGGGAAAACUCUAGUUUUACUGCUAAAGCCUUCUGUCUCUAGAUUCAGGAAUAAUCUUUUCAUAGAUCUAUAAAAAUCCGAAGUAUACUGCUGCCUUUUCCGAUCGUUUGUCUUGUCAGUCGUUGAAGUUCAAAUUUACUGUGGUGUUUUCCUGGCUGUUUUCCAUGUGUGGUCCCCCUAUUUCUUUAGUUUUUUUUAUGUACUGUAAAGUGACUAUGAUUAGAGCCCAGCCCUCAUGCUGUGCCACAUAACAAUCCUGAGGUGAAAUGUGAAGCUAUAGUGAAGAUGAUUGGAGAAUGCCUCUGUUUUUAAUAUACAUUGAGUGUACAAAACAUUAGGAACACCUUCCUAAUAUUUAUUUGCACCCCCUUUUACAGUCUCAAUUCGUCAGUGCAUGGCCUCUACAAGUCGUUCAAAGCAUUCCACAGUAUAGCUGGCCCAUGUUGACUCCAUUACUUCCCACAGUUGUGUCAAAUUGGCUGAAUGUCCGUUGGGUGGUGGACCAUUCUUGAUACACACAGGAAACUGUUGAGCGUGGAAAAACCCAGCAGCGUCGCAGUUCUUGACACACUCAAACCGGUGUGCCUGGCACCUACUACCAUACCCCGUUCAAAGGCACUUAAAUCUUUUGUUUUGCACAUUCACCUUCUGAAUGACACACAAACACAAUCCAUGUCUCAUUUGUGUCAAGGCUUAAAAAAAAUCCUUCUUUAACCUGUCUCCUCCCUUUCAUCUACACUGAUUUUUCAAGUGGAUUUAACAAGUGACGUCAAUAAGGGAUCAUUGCUUUCGCCUGGUCAGUCUCAUGGAAACAGCAGGUGUUCCCAAUGUUUUGUACACUCACGGAAGUGUACAAAAUGUGCUUGUCUGUCUCAGGUGCUCCUUUAUAUCUGUCCUUUUUGCUUUUCUACCUCGCUCUCUCUCUCCCUCUAAGCACUUUGGGCCCCCCUCCCCCAUAACCUGAGGCUUCACUAGACAGACCUAUAGUCUUCACUAGCAGGGUGGUCAAGCUAAUUUUGGAUCCCCUUGUAUCCGGCUGUCGACGCGGAUUCUGAGCCCCAGCCAGCCAACCCAGCGUAAAGUUAGCUGACCAGAGCUUAGUCCAUUCAGCACAUAGACCGUAAUCCAUCCCCUUCCUCCCACACAAACAAAAGCCAGGCCAAGCUGACUCUCUGAGCAGUAGCUGUCCUGGUAUGCCUCUGAGCCGGGGCUGCCAUGGAGAUGGCAAGAGGGUAGGAAUUGUUUCCCUUAACCACCAGACCCCCAAUCCUAACCUUAACCAUGAGGGGGGAUGAAAACAAUCUGACCCUGUAUGAGGGGUUAGAAGCAUCUUCUCUUUGAACUACUCUGUAGGGAUGAUAGAGGGGCGAGGAUGUCUUUGCAGGAGGGUUCCCAACAAACUGCUGCUGCUCACUCAUUUGACUGCAGGCCAGAUCGCGAAGAAGCAAACCAGACGGUAGUGAAGUUCAAUUCCCCUCUAGCCUUAAUGUGGCCUACAUUUUUUUUUUUACAUAGAACAUACUUGUUGGUGGACGGUUAAGCUGGAGAUGGAAAGACCUGUACCGUGCUAUUGUCAUUGUGGUUAUGCUAUCAUUUUAGGUUUUUAUUUUUGUCUGCAUAGGCAUCAUUUGAACAUCAUCCAUUUAGCUUCAACAGUUGAUCCAUACCGUGCUGGGAAUAUAUUGAACAUUUUUAUGCAAACUUGAAUAAGUAUUUCUCUCAACUUACAAUAUAUUUAUGUGCAAUACAGAAUAGACGUUGAUUCUUCCCAUAUUUCAUAUGUAUCGUAGCAUUAGCUAUGACUAUUGUAAACGUUCUCUUAACACAGAACUUCACGUAGGAGCCUGCUAUGUUCACAUUGCGUUGUCAUUGAACAAUCAACUUUCUUUGACCUUGUCCAGAGUUUCAUAUUGCCUUUGUCUCUGUUUGAAAUGUUGUCUCUCCUCGAAAAGUGUUUCAAAUGGCAACAUCUUUCUUUUAAUGGCAUGACCUCACUAUGAUAAUCAUGUACUUUCUGUGAAUUGGCUCGGUCCCUGAGGUUAGCACAUCAUUUGGGCUCAUAAGACCCAUCUUAGCAAUAGAGCCUCUUUUUACAAUCUCGACCCAUGUUCUGUUAGCUGGGUUGUUACCCUUUUUCUCAGAAUGUGGCUCAAAUGUUGGCUUCAACUACGGUAAUUUGUAGUCGUAUGAGAGCCGUAACAAGAUACGUCGGUUUAACAUCAAGGUACAAUCCCUACACGAGACAGCAUAAAAAUAUAAACCUCACUGUAAUCAGUGUGAGGGAUCUGCUCGAUACUGCCAGUAUGGACAAAUCUGAUACCGCAGAGCAUUGACAUCACCCAAGGGCCGUUGGUUCGAUCCAGGCCAGGGGAGCAGGAGAGCGAGGAAUAAAGAGACUCCUUUUGUUUCUUCUGAGCCCUGUGUACCUCCCAUCACCGCAGUUGGACAUUUUCAACAACUGUCUAGGAAUGAUCCCGUAUGCAGACAAUUAAUCAGACACUAUGUUUUUCGGGGUUUUAGUAAGAACGUGCAAGUAUAUUUUACUGUACAUGUUUGAUCAUUUGGGGUUCAGGUCAGGAGUUUCAUUUGUGUCUUUCUGUAGUGUCCAUAGUCAUCGUAUUAGUUAUGGUACACAAGUGGACUAAAGCAAGCAGGUAAAAAGCCAUAUGGCCACAGAUAUUUGAGUUCUUUUGUGGACUACUAAAGGACACAAUGUAUACUGCUUUGUUUUCCUCUCGAACCUCAGAUACUAAGAAGCCAUUGCAUUUUAAUGAAGCGUUUUUCACCGGGGUGAAUCGAGAGGCACCCCCUUCCUCAACAGCUCAAAGCAGAAACAUGCUAAUUGCGCUUUUGAUGAUGUCAAUGAGGAUAUAGCCGUAUAAAGAUCUGUAUAUUUAGUCAUUUUGAAAAAUAAGUGAUUUAUUAGAUUUCUGAUAAUUAAAUAUGGCUACGACUUGUUUUACAAGUGACGUGUACAUUUAUAAGCUGAUUUCAUUUUCAACCUUAUUUUUAACUGUCAAAUAAAAUGAUUGGAAAAAUAAA